GAAGAAAUAAGAGUUUUUGUUUUAACCUCCUAAUAGCAGAGAUGUCGUGUUCUCCAUCAUCGGGGGAAGAAGAAGACGAGGGAACCGACGCUUACAGGAAAGGUGGGUAUCAUGCUGUGAGAGUCGGAGAUCCGUUCGCUGGAGGCCGGUAUAUAGCUCAGAGGAAGCUGGGUUGGGGUAAUUUCUCCACCGUUUGGCUUGCUUACGACACCCAAUGCUCUGGAUUUGUAGCUCUUAAGAUCCAGAAAAGUGCUGCUGAAUUUUCUCAAGCCGCCCUUCAUGAGAUUGAAAUCCUCUCUGCAAUAGCUGAUGGUGACCCCUCUAAUUCAAAAGGCGUUGUUCGAUUAAUUGACCACUUCAAGCAUACAGGCCCAAAUGGCCAGCACCCUUGUAUGGUUUUUGAGUUUCUUGGUGACAGUUUGCUCCGGUUGAUCAGAUAUAACUCUUAUAGUGGCCUUGAAUUGAACAAGGUUAGGGAAAUCUGCAGAUGGAUUUUGCUAGGUCUUGAUUACUUGCAUAGGGAACUCAAUAUAAUCCAUACAGACCUAAAGCCUGAAAAUGUUCUUCUUGUCUCCACCAUUGAUCCUGCCAAAGACCCUAUUCGAUCUGGGUUAACUCCAAUCCUUGAGAGGCCUGAGGGUAAUCCUAAUGGAGGGGCUGUGGUGAAUAUUGAUGAGAGAAAGCUGAAGAGGACGGCAAUGAGGAAAGUGGCAAAGAUCUCGGAAAGGAGAUCUUCAAUGGGUGGUGCUCCAAAGCGUGAGAAGAGCAUGGAUGGGGUUAACUCUAAGUGCAAGAUAGUGGAUUUUGGAAAUGCAUGUUGGGUUGAUAAACAGUUCACAGAAGAUAUUCAAACAAGGCAAUAUAGGGCUCCUGAGGUCAUUCUUGGGGCUGGAUAUUCCUUCCCUGUUGAUAUAUGGUCUUUCGCUUGCAUGGCCUUUGAGCUUGCCACUGGAGAUAUGCUGUUUGCUCCUAAGAUUGGCCAAGGGUAUAGUGAUGAUGAGGAUCACCUGGCUCUGAUGAUGGAACUUCUCGGAAAGAUGCCCCGGAAGAUAGCUAUUGCGGGAUCUCGAUCAAAAGACUACUUCGACAGACAUGGAGAUCUGAAGAGGAUCCGGAGACUGAAAUUCUGGCCAGUAGAUCGACUUUUGAUUGAGAAAUACAAAUUCUCCCAUUCUGAUGCCCAAGAAUUUGCCGAGUUUCUGUGCCCCCUUCUCGAUUUUGCACCAGAGAAGCGGCCAACUGCUGAGCAUUGCCUACAGCACCCAUGGCUCAAUAUCAGAAAGUCAACAGAUUGUGAUGAAGAAAGAGAAUCUAGUGUAAAAAAGUUGGAAGCUGGGGUGAACAAGCUUAAGAUCUAAUGGAGUAGGGAUUGGAGGAGGGUUGGCAUGUGCCUCCUUUCAAAAUUCCUCUUGUGACCUGUAUGGGUAUUGUUUGUGAUUUAAUUUUGUCUGUAAAGUUUCAAUAAGAUUCAAUUUUUUGGUUGAUUAAAGGUGUAAGUAGUGAAAUAUUGUGAGGAGGAAGGUGGAUUAAUGAAGCACAGGUAUCUGACCCA